ACCUCAGAUAAGUCGCUCAGCUUUCCCUAGCAAUAAACCCAAUUUCGAACAUUUGCAGCUGGUUGAUCAGUGUGAAAGGUGCGUCAAAAUUCCAAACAUAUAAAUUAACAAAUUUAAUUUCACCCACUUUAUUGCCCUCGCCAUAACAGGAAAAUGGGGAACAUGAAUGAAAAAGACGGACAAGAAUCAAUGGGGGGACGCCUUGGCACCCUUCAAGAAAUUGUUUGCAACACGUUAGCUUUACCUGUGGAAGAAGUUACCGUCGCAUCUUCUUUUCUGCAGCUUGGAGGCGACUCCCUUACAGCUAUCGAAGUCGUAGCUCGUUGUUACUCACUUGGGAUGAUUGUGAGCGUCGCUGAUUUGAUGCGAUGUACCACCCUUAUGGAGGUGGCGUCACUGGCAUUGGUCAACGACGAGAGCUUAGGAGGCGGGAGUCCGGAGGCAUGGUCGCUAAUACCCGAGGCGGAAUGGUCAAACAUCGCAAGCCAGGUACGGAAGCAGUGCGAGCUGACGCCGGAGGAAAUGAUCCAAGAUGUCUAUCCCACAACGGCGCUGCAGGAGGGCUUGAUGAUGCUGUCUGUCAAGCAGCCGGGCUCAUACGUGAGCACGAGCAUGAUGAGACUCGCAGAAGGUGUGGAUGCCGACCGGUUCAAGGAUGCAUGGGAGCAGACACUCAAAGUCUGCGAGUCACUUCGGACGCGUAUCGUACUCUGUGGCAGCCAGACACUGCAGGCGGUCAUCCAAGCGGAGGCCAAGUGGCAGUAUGCGAGCACCGUGCCUGCAUAUAUGCGCCAGGUGCGUGACCUGAGGAUGGCCUACGGGUCACCGCUCUGUCAGUACUGGCUGCUUGACGACGGCGAGCAGAAGAUCUUCGGCCUUGCCAUACAUCAUGCUAUUUUCGAUGGGUGGAGCCUGCGGCUGAUGUUCCAGGUAGUAGCACAGCUAUACAAAGGAGGGGAGGUCUUCCAGACGCCAUUUGUACCAUUCUCCGGCCUCAUCAAGCAUAUCACCAGUUUGGACAAGGCCGAGGCUAGCGAGUAUUGGCGAAAGCAGCUGAGCGGGACUAGCCGACCUACCUUUCCAGCCGCUCAGCGCACGACACCCCCUGCCAAUGGACCAGCCAGUAGAUCCAUGAUGCGCAGAAUUCCGUUCCAGUUCCGCCCAAACGCGUCCGUCGCCGUCACUCGGGCAUCAAUUCUACGCGCAGCGUGGGCAAUAGUGCUAGCCUGGCACAGUAACAGCACUGAGGAAACAGUCUUUGGCGCCACUGUUACAGGCCGCCAAGCAGCGGUGGCCGGCGUUGAGAGAAUGGUUGGACCUGCUAUCUGUACAGUGCCGGUUAGGGUUAAGUUCUGCCGGACGCAGCGUGUAACGGGAUUUCUGGAGGAGAUACAAGCACAGGCCGUCGAGAUGAUCCCUUUUGAGCAGAUGGGCCUUCAGAAUAUUGCUCGGCUAAGUCCGGACGCGCGGGAGGCGUGUGAAUUUGCAACAAUUAUGGUGGUGCAGCCACAUACAGGAGUAGAUGUCGAGGCGUCACCUCUCGUUGUCCCACCGUUCACUGACGCCGAUUUGUCGACCUUCUUCAACUAUCCGUUAGUGAUGCAGUGCUGGCUGGCGGAUGAUGGGGUGACGCUACAGCUUGUGCAUGACAUCUCAGUGAUCACAACCGCAGAGGCUGAGGCAUUAGCCCGAAAGUACGACCACGUCGUUCAGCAGCUACUAUGCGCCCUCGACGAGCAGCCCACGAUGACCCUCGACGAUGUUAACAUACUCACUUUUGAGGACAAAGAAAAGAUAUGGGAGAUGAACCACGAUGUACCACCAGCGGUCGAACGAUGUAUCCACGAUCUGUUUGCAGAGCAGGCCAGGCUACAGCCCGACGCACCCGCGGUUUGUGCGUGGGACGGCGAGAUGACGUACAACGAGCUGGAUGAAUUAUCAACUAGGCUAGCAGGCCAUCUAGUCGAGCUCGGUGUCAAACCAGAAGACGUCGUACCACUCUGCUUCGAGAAGUCUAUGUGGACGAUUGUCGCCAUGCUGGCGGUACUCAAAGCGGGCGGAGCAUUCGCACCCCUAGACCCAGAACAUCCACAAAGCCGCCAUGAGGAGAUCUUUCAGCAGACAGGGGCUAAAGUGGUGCUCACUUCAGCGCAGUGCUCUACCUUAUGGGCAGGCUCAACCCGCAACGUUGUCACAGUGAGCGAGACGUCAAUCCAGCACCUGUCAAUCACAACCAACUCAACGCAUUCUACAGUACAGCUGAGCAAUAUUGCGUACAUUAUCUUCACAUCAGGAAGCACUGGAGUGCCGAAAGGUGUUGUGCUGAACCACAGGGCGGUCUCCACAAGCUGCCUGGGGCAUGGAAAAGCAUUUAAACUUACAUCACAGGCACGUUUUCUUCAGUUUUCUGCUUUCACCUUUGAUAUGUCUAUUACUGAGGUCAUUGCAACCCUUCUAUACGGCGGAAGCGUGUGUAUCCCCUCUGAAGGCGAUAGACGUGACAACCUAGCGAAAGCAAUUAAUGAUAUGCAAGUUAACUGGGCCUGUCUAACCCCAACAGUUGCACGCCUGCUGGAUCCUGACAAUGUUCCAUCACUUCAAACAUUAAUUUUUGGAGGCGAAGAAAUUAGUAGCGCCGACUGUAAAAGAUGGGCAGGCAAAGUUGAAGUCAUAUAUUCAUACGGUCCUACAGAGUGUUGCGUUGUCUGCACAGCCUCUUCUGGUAUACAAGACUUUAAGUCGGGAAUAAUUGGCAAGCCAGUCGCAUCUGUUGGCUGGGUGGUAGAUCCUAAGAACCACGACAAGCUGGUGCCUCUAGGAUUAAUAGGCGAGCUUCUUGUUGAAGGACCAAUCCUCGCGCGCGGCUACCUUAACGACUACGAGAAGACAAAGUCAGCAUUCAUCGACAACCCCGCCUGGCUGCUGGAAGGUGGAGGAGGCCGUCCCGGACGUCAAGGAAGAAUGUACAAGACAGGUGACUUGGUCCACUAUGGGCCUGACGGCAACUUAAUCUAUGCAGGCCGGAAAGACAACCAAGUUAAAGUGCGAGGCCAUCGAGUUGAGCUUGGUGAGAUUGAGCACCACAUCAGAGGUUGCAUUCCUGAGGCUACGCAUAUGGCAGUGGAAGUAAUCAUGCCAGAAGGAAGGAAAGAUAAUGCAACGCUAGCAGUCUUCCUUCAGCUAGAUGAAAAGGACCGCAAUGCACUACAACUGGGCAAUGUAAUUGGAAACAACUCCUUAGUGCAGAUAGUGAUCCUUGCCGAAGUGGACAAGAAGUUGGCCGACUCUCUGCCCAGUCAUAUGAUACCUGACGUAUACUUUGCGCUGUCGCAGCUCCCCAUGACAGUUUCCGGCAAGACGGACAGGAAGCGAUUACGCGAGAUUGGGACUUCGUUAUCGGCCCAGCAGCUGGCUGAAAUGCGAACUUCAAGCCAGGGUCCGAAACGUCCACCGACGACAGAGGCCGAGCAGACGAUGCAGCGGCUGUGGGCCCAUGUGUUGAAUAUCAAGCCUGAGACCAUCGGCAUGGACGACAGCUUCUUCCGCCUUGGCGGCGACUCUAUCACAGCUAUGCAGCUGUCUGCAAGCGCUCGCUCGCUUGAAAUCCAUCUCUCAACGCGCGACAUCUUUCGCAGGAAGACCAUUGCUGAACUCGUCCGCCAUGCUACAUCUUCCAAGCCUCUUCAGCUCGCGCGCGCUGCAGAGGAUCCAGUAAACACACCGUUUGGCCUGACCCCGAUCCAAGAGCUGUACCUCCGGCUUGAGCCUACUGGCAAAGCCAGUUUUGACCAGUCUAUUUACUUGGAACUUCGUACCCAAGUGCCACUCAAGAUGCUCUCUACAGGCCUUAGGAUCCUUGCCCAACGCCACUCUAUGCUAAGGGCUCAGUUCAGCAAAGCAGUUGGAGGCAGAUGGCAGCAAUAUGUCUCUGAUUCUACUGACACUUCUUUCACCUUGCAACAUGUGCGACCUAGGGACACUGCAGACGUCACCCAGGCCAUACUCGAAAGCCGGAGCUGCCUAGACAUUGAGAGUGGACCUGUCAUGGCAGCGGUCUUGUUUGACGUUGGCAAUCGUCAGUCUCUGUUCAUGGCUGUUCAUCACCUAGUAAUUGACCUUGUCUCAUGGCGGAUUCUUCUUGAAGAGCUAGAAGAUGUACUGCUGGGCCGGACACUAUCCCCUGCAUCCUCAAUGCCCUUCCAAACCUGGCGCGCCAUCCAGACUGAGUACGCUGGCAGGGAUGCAGAUCAUGGAAAUCCAAUACAGGAGAAGGUGGACCUCAGCCAGCUAUCAUACUGGGGCGUAGUACCCAGCACAAUAUCGCACACCCCUACAACUACCGAGCGUUUUGUGCUUGAUAGCAAGACAACAUCUGCUCUUCUUGGAAGCUGCAACAACGCUCUCCGAACACGUCCUCUUGAGCUUAUGAUUGCAGCCCUAAUUCAUUCGUUUGCGGCUGUCUUCCCUGAUCGGAACCCUCCCCCUAUCUUCAAUGAGACCCAUGGGCGUGAGCCAUGGGACGACAGCAUUGACCUUUCGCGAACUGUGGGGUGGUUUACGAGUAUGUUCCCUGUCCAGGUAUCAACUAGCGCUCGCAGCAGCUUGCUCCAUGUCAUCCGUGCCACAAAGGAUUGCAUACGUAGCUUUAAGCGCAGUGGCCGGUCGUAUUUUGCAUCCCACUUUGUCAACGAAGAUACUAUCCAUGAUUUCACAUCCAUCUUUCCUGUGGAAGUAAUGUUCAAUUAUCAAGGAGCGUACCAGCAGCUUGAGCGCGAUGAGUCGUUAUUUAAGAAUGUGCCUGUUCCGGAAGGCUGCGACCCAGCAUCAGCAGCUGAAGCCGGAAGGUUCUCCUUGUUUACGGCCUCAGCGGUCAUAGAAAACGGUUGUGCGCAUAUAGGUAUUGCACACAGUGGUAUCACGAAGCAUCAAACGCAAAUUCGAGACUGGGUUCAACUGUACGAGAACACCUUGAUGGAUAUGCCCAACCUUCUUCACGGCAAAAGCCCCGAGUGGACGCUGAGCGAUCUUUCAUUGGCUUUCCACUCAUACACCGACCUUGACCGCUUCCAAAAUGACACUCUUGCGAAGUUAGGCGUGGGGCUAGAGGAUGUCGAAGACGUCUACCCCUGCUCUCCAAUGCAGGAAGGGAUCCUGGCCAGCCAGAGCAGAGACCCUGAUGCUUAUCGCGUGUGUCUCAUUCUCGAAGCCAUAUCUACUCAGAACACACGCGUCGACUGCGGUCGACUACAGCGCGCUUGGAAGGCCGUUGUUCGACGACACUCGCUACUACGGGCACUGCUAGUGGAUCACGUCCCCGGAAGCUCGGGCAUCACCAACAUUGUGCUUAAGAAUCCCCAACCAAGUAUCUCAGUUUUCCAGGCUACAGGAGAUACAGUGAACCUUGAAUUAUUCCGCGCUCGCUACAACCCAGUCAACCAGCAGGCAAGUGGCUUACAGCAUCAUCUCUCCAUCUGCCAGCUCGACAACCAAAGAGUAUACCUGUGCCUUGACAUUAACCACGCUAUCAUGGAUGCCCACUCGAGAGGCGUCAUCAUGCGCGACCUGCAGACUGCAUACAGUGCUGAUCUCGAUUCACAUGGUGCACCAUUCAGGAACGUCAUCUCUUACUUGAAGGAGCAGUCACAGGAAGAGGCCGGCCGCUAUUGGGCCACCCAAUUGGAGGGUAUCGAGCCAUGCUAUUUCCCCUCGAUGGCAGAGGGCGCAGCGAAAGGCCACAGGGACGAGACAGUGGAGGUGCCUAAUCUCGAUGCAGGCAUAAUCCACGCGUUUUGUGAAGCGUGGGAAAUCACCCCAGCCACCCUCAUUCAGACAGCUUGGGCGUUAGUACUCAGCCGUUAUACUGGCUCUACAGCGCCAUGCUUUGGUAGUCUCUCGUCAGGACGAGAUGUGCCAAUUGAUGGCAUUGACGACAUCUUCGGCCCGCUAAUUACCAUGCUGACCUGCCGGGUACGUCUUCAUGAGCAGUUAACUGUAAUAGAGGCCCUACGAACGGUACAGUCGGACUACAUGGAUGCCUUGGCACACCAGACGUUCUCACUAGCUAGCGUACAUAACAUGCUUCAACUCGGAACAUCUCCACUAUUUAAUACUAGUCUAUCCAUUCAGCGGCUCGAGGAUGUAGAGGGUGGUGAGGUCCCUGAAAUCCUCUUCCAUUUCCAGGAGGGUCAGGAUCUGACUGAGUAUGAUGUCAUUGUUGGUGUCCGCUACAGCAACACAGUUAUGGAAGCCAGCAUGACGUUCCAAACUAGCUGUAUGGACCAACUUCAAGCGAAACGCGUGGUAGAAAGCCUCGGUAUAGCAAUUGCCGCCAUGACAGCAGAGCCAAACACUGCGGUGAACGACCUAGAUUUGGUAACAAAUGAAGAGAGGCGUCAACUAUGGGCCUGGAACAAUACUAUUCCUCCAACAGUAGACGAGUGCGUCCACGACAUCUUCUCUGGCCGUGCAAGAUCUCAGCCUGAGGCGCAGGCCAUCUGUGCAUGGGAUGGCGAGAUGACGUACAGCGAGCUGGAUGAAUUAUCAACCAGGCUAGCAGGCCAUCUAAUCGAGCUCGGCGUCAAGCCGGAAGACAUCGUGCCACUCUGCUUCGAGAAGUCUAUGUGGACGAUUGUCGCCAUGAUGGCCGUACUCAAAGCGGGUGGAGCAUUCGCACCCCUGGACCCAGAACAUCCACGAAGCCGCCACGAGGAGAUCUUCAAGCAGACGGGGGCUGAAUUGGCGCUCACUUCAGCGCAGUACUCUACCCUAUGGGAAGGCUCGACCCGCACCGUCGUCACAGUGAGCGAGACGUCGAUCCAGAACCUAUCAAACAGAACUCAUCUGGAGCAUUCUGCAGUAGAGCCGAGCAAUAUUGCAUACGUUAUCUUUACUUCAGGAAGCACUGGAGUGCCGAAAGGUGUUGUCCUGGAACACAGAGCAGUCUCUACAGGAUGCCUAGGCCAUGGAAAAGCUUUUGGAAUUACGUCACAGGCACGUUUUCUUCAGUUUGCUGCUUUCACCUUCGAUAUCUGCAUUACUGAGAUCAUUACAACCCUUCUACACGGUGGAAGCGUAUGUAUCCCCUCGGACGGCGAUAGGCGUGACAACUUAACAAAAGCAAUUAACGAUAUGCGAGUUAGUUGGGCCUAUCUAACCCCAACAGUUGCACGCCUGCUGGAUCCUGAACAUGUUCCAUCACUUCAAAAACUGAUCCUUGGAGGAGAGGAAGUCAGUAGCGCGGACAGUAAAAGAUGGGAAGGGAAAGUCGAAAUCAUAAAUGCGUACGGUCCUGCGGAGUGUACUGUUCUCUGCACAGCCUACUUUGGUCUAGAAGGCUUCAAGUCAGGGUGGAUCGGCAAGUCGAUCGCGUCUGUUGGCUGGGUGGUGGAUCCAAAGAACCACGACAAGCUAGCACCUCUAGGAUCAACAGGAGAGCUUCUCGUUGAAGGGCCUAUCCUCGCACGCAGCUACCUUAAUGACCCGGAAAAGACCGCGGGUUCGUUCAUUAACGAUCCUUACUGGCUGAUGCAGGGCGGCGGAGGUCAUCAUGGACGUCGAGGAAGAAUGUACAAGACGGGAGACUUAGUCUACUACAGGUCCGAUGGCAACUUAGUCUACGCAAGCCGCAAAGACGGCCAGGUAAAGCUUCGCGGCCAGCGCGUCGAGCUUGGCGAAAUUGAAUAUCACCUGCGGGAGUUCAUGCCCAAGGCGCAACAGACAGCAGUCGAGGUAAUCAUGCCAGAGGGAGAAAAAGACAAUGCGACACUAGCUGCCUUCCUGCAGCUAGAUGAAGAGGACCGCAAUGCACUACAACCGGGUAACGUAAUUGGAAACAACUCCUCAGUGCAGAUGGUUAUCCUUUCCGAAGUGGACAAGAAGUUGGCCGACUGUCUGCCCAAUUAUAUGAUACCUGACAUAUACUUUGCGCUGUCGCAGAUUCCCGUGACGGUUUCUGGAAAGACAGACAGGAAGCGACUCCGCGAAAUCGGGGCCUCGUUCUCGGCCCAGCAACUGGCUGAAAUGCGGACAUCGAGCCAGGGACCAAAGCGAUUGCCAUCAACAGACACAGAGAGGGUCAUGCAGCAGCUGUGGUCGCAGGCACUUAACAUUGGGCUAAACAGUAUUGGCCUCGAUGACAGCUUCUUCCGCCUCGGCGGCGACUCUAUUGCAGCCAUGAAGCUCGUGGGCGAAGCUCGCAGGGCAGGGAUGCAGCUCUCUGUGGCAGAUAUCUUCCGCAAUCCGAAGCUCGUAGCAUUGGCUAGCUUGGAAACCAACCACAGUAACAGCAUGGCUGAAGAGAUCGCUGCCUUCUCUCUACUCGGUGAAGAGGCGGAUGUGGCACAAAUUCGCAAGGAGGUUGCCACCAGCUGCAGCGUUGACGCGAGACUCAUCGAGGACAUCUACCCUUGCUCGCCCCUCCAGGAAGGACUGAUCUCGCUGACAUCCAAGAGAGCAGGAGACUACAUCAUGCAGAGCGUCCUGGAGCUGCGGGCCGACAUUGACGUAGGCGCCUUCCGGGCCUCUUGGGAGCACAUCUUUCGGUCAACCUCAGCCUUACGCACGCGAAUUGUACAGAACAACAAGCUUGGAUUGCUGCAGGUUGUUGUAGCAGAAGAUAUCCAGUGGAUAGAGACAGAAAGAUUAGAUGAGUAUCUUCAGAAGGAUAAGUCUCUUUCCAUGGAGCUAGGCGAUCCGCUUGCACGCUUCGCCCUUGUCACAGAAGGCCAAGGAGGGAAGCGCUGGUUUGUAGCGACCAUUCACCAUGUGCUGUAUGACGGCUGGUCAUUGCCCCGAAUUCUAGAGGCUGUCACGAAGACAUACGAUGGCGGCUUGGUAGAGAAGCAGCCUAGCUUCCACGCCUUUAUCAAGUAUCUUAGCCAGCAAGACCAGGAGGCAGGAGAGAUGUACUGGAAAACCGCUCUUGCUGACUGCCAGGCGACACUGUUCCCUCCACUACCGUCAGCAGUGCAGCAGCCAGUUGCAGAUGCGACAAUGGUCUAUCAAUGCCCUCCGCUUCCUACAGCCGGCUCUGACACAACGAUGUCAACACUUCUGCGCGCCGCUUGGGCCCUGGUCGCCAGUCGCUACACCAACUCAGACGACGUGGUAUUUGGCGCUAUAGUUACAGGACGCAAUGCCCCUGUUCCUGGCAUUGAGGCUAUGAUUGGUCCCACCAUUGCAACUGUUCCGGUGCGAGUGCGCGUACAGGGCGACCAAGCAGUGUCCGACUUUUUGCAAGGGGUACAGCAACAGUCAACGGAGAUGAUUGCGUACGAGCAGACGGGACUGCAGCGGAUCGCCAAGAUGGCGGAGGGCGCCCGACAUGCCUGCGGCUUCCAGACUCUGCUGGUAGUGCAGCCUGCAGGCAAUGCGACUGAGAGCGAUACAGUGCUAGGAGAGUGGCGCGGACACUCUGAUCUACAAGACUUCACGACGUAUGGGCUGAUGCUGCAGUGCAUGCUGACUACAGAAGGGGUGCAUAUCACGGCAAGCUUCGAUCCGCGUGUGGUAGAGAAAUGGCUAGUCAAGAAGAUACUGGGCCAGUUCGCCUUCGUCAUGCAACAGCUGGCUGGAGCAAACCCAGAAGACAAGGUGGCAGACAUUGAUGCCCUUACGCCUGACGACAGACAAGAGAUUUGGGCAUGGAACGCUGAGACGCCACCAGUAGUGGAACGAUGUAUCCACGAUAUCUUCUCUGAACGCGCAAGAGCUCGGCCUGAGGCGCCGGCCGUCUGUGCCUGGGACGGCGAGAUGACGUACAGCGAGCUGGACAAAUUAUCAACCAGGCUAGCAGGCCAUCUAGUAGAGAUCGGCGUCAAGCCAGAAGAAAUCGUGCCACUCUGCUUCGAGAAGUCCAUAUGGAUAAUUGUGGCCAUGCUGGGGGUACUUAAAGCGGGCGGAGCAUUCGCACCUCUAGACCCAGAACACCCGCCAAGUCGCCACGAGGAGAUCUUUAAGCAGACAGGGGCUAAACUAGUGCUCACUUCGGCGCAGUACUCUACUCGAUGGGCGGACUCACCGCGCAAUAUUGUCGCAGUCAGCGAAAUGUUGAUCCAAAACCUGUCAAACACAACCUACUCAACGCAUUCUGCAGUAAAUCCAAGAAAUACUGCGUACAUUAUCCCGACAUCCGGAAGCACAGGAGUACCGAAAGGAGUUGUGAUGGAACACCGAGCGGUUGUGACAAGCUGCCUUGGCCAUGGGAAAGCAUUCGGCCUCGCACCGCACACCCGAGUUCUUCAGUUUUCUUCCUUCACCUUUGACGUUUGCAUUACUGAGAUUGUUACCACGUUCUUUUUUGGAGGUUGUGUCUGCGUCCCUUCUGAAUAUGAUCGUCGCAACAAUCUCUCCAAUUUCAUCAACACCAUGAAUGUUAAUUGGGCGUUGCUUACUCCGACCGUGGCACGAUUGCUUAAACCGAGUGAGACACAAUCGCUUAAAAUUUUAGUCUUUGGAGGAGAGCAACUUACCAACAGUGAUUGCCAGAGAUGGAACGGCCAUGUUGAAGUGAUAAACACCUAUGGCAUAACAGAAUGCGGAAUAUGGUGCAGCUCAUCUCCUGGUGCACAAGAUUUUAAGUCAGGGAGUAUUGGGAAGUGCAUAGCGUCUGUGAGCUGGGUGGUGGACCCUGGGAACUACAACAAGUUGGCACCUCUAGGAUCAAUGGGUGAGCUUCUUGUGGAAGGCCCAAUCCUCGCGCGCGGCUACCUUAAGGAUCCUCAGAAGACGGAGGCAGCAUUCAUUAACAAUCCCGCCUGGCUACUGGAAGGGGGUGGAGGUAUUCCCGGACGUCAAGGAAGAAUGUACAAGACUGGUGACAUAGUCUACUAUGGCCCUGAUGGCAAACUGGUCUACGUGGACCGCAAAGAUAACCAAGUCAAGGUGCGAGGCCAGCGGGUCGAGCUUGGUGAGAUCGAGCACCACAUCCGAGACUGUAUUCCUGAGGCCAGGCAGAUGGCAGUGGAAGUAAUCAUGCCAGAGGGAAGGAAAGCUAAUGCAACGCUUGCAGCCUUCCUACAACUUGAUGACCAGAAACACGAUGCACUACAAGCAGGCAAUAGCUCCUCAGUGCAGAUGGUCAUCCUAACUGAAGUGGACAAGAAGUUGGCCGACUCUCUGCCCAGUCAUAUGAUUCCUGACGUAUACUUUGCGCUGGCACAGUUCCCCAUGACAGUUUCUGGCAAGACAGACAGGAAGCGACUCCGCGAAAUCGGGGCCUCGUUCUCGGCCCAGCAGCUGGCUGAAAUGCGAACGUCAAGCCAGGGUCCGAAGCGGCAGCCGUCGACAGAAGCCGAGCAGACGAUGCAGCAGCUUUGGGCGCAGGCGCUGAACAUCACGACAGAAGGCAUUGGCUUAGAUGACAGCUUCUUCCGCCUAGGCGGCGACUCAAUCGCGGCCAUGAAGCUUGUCGGCGAGGCUCGCAGGGCAGGGAUGCAGCUCUCUGUGGCAGAUAUCUUCCGCAAUCCGAAGCUCAUAGCAUUAGCCAGCUUGGAAAUCAGCCACGAUAACGGUAUGGCAGAAGAAAUUGCGGCCUUUUCUCUGCUCGAUGAAGAGGCGGAUGUAAAACAAGUUCGUGAGGAGGUCGCCGCCAGCUGUAGCGUCGACGCGAGACUCAUCGAGGACAUCUACCCCUGCUCGCCCCUCCAGGAAGGACUGAUCUCGCUGACAUCCAAGAGAGCAGGAGACUACAUCAUGCAGAGCGUCCUGGAGCUGCGAGCCGACAUUGACGAAGACGCCUUCCGGGCCGCUUGGGAGCACGUCUUCCGGUCAACACCAGCCUUACGCACGCGGAUUGUGCAGAACAACAAGGUUGGAUUGAUGCAGGUUGUUGUAGCAGAGGAUAUCCAAUGGGUAGAGUCAGAGAGCCUAGAUGAGUAUCUUCAGAAGGAUAAGUCUCUUUCCAUGGAGCUAGGUGAUCCGCUUACGCGCUUCGCCCUUGUUAAGGAAAGCCAAGGAGGGAAGCGCUGGUUUGUAGGGACUAUUCACCAUGUCCUGUACGACGGCUGGUCACUGCCCCGAAUUGUGGAUGCAGUCACCAAGACAUACAAUGGCGCCAAGGCAGAAAAGCAGCCUAGCUUCCACGCCUUUAUCAAGUAUCUUAGGCAACAAGACCAGGAGGCAGGAGAGAUGUACUGGAAAACCGCUCUUGCUGACUGCCAGGCGACACUGUUCCCUCCACUACCGCCAGCAGUGCAGCAGCCAAUUGCAGAUGCGACAAUGGCUUAUCAAUGCCCUCCGUUUCAUAACGUCCACUCUGACACGACGACGUCAACACUUCUGCGCGCCGCCUGGGCCCUCGUCGCUAGUCGCUAUACCAACUCAGACGACGUGGUAUUUGGCGCUAUAGUUACAGGACGCAAUGCCCCUGUUCCUGGAAUUGAGGCUAUGAUUGGGCCUACUAUUGCAACUGUUCCAGUGCGAGUGCGCGUACAGGGCGACCAAGCAGUGUCCGACUUUUUGCAAGGGGUACAGCAACAGUCAACGGAGAUGAUUGCGUACGAGCAGACGGGACUGCAGCGGAUCGCCAAGAUGGCGGAGGGCGCCCGACAUGCCUGCGGCUUUCAGACUCUGUUGGUAGUGCAGCCUGCAGGCAAUGCACCGGAGAGCGAUGCGGUGCUAGGAGAGUGGCGGGGGCGCUCAGAGCUACAAGACUUCACGACGUAUCCGCUGAUGCUGCAGUGCGCGCUGGCUGCAGAAGGGGUACACAUUACGGCAACCUUCGACUCGCGUGUGGUAGAGCGAUGGCUAAUCGAGAAGAUACUGGGCCAGUUCACCUUCGUCAUGCAACAGCUGGCAGGGGCAAGACCAGAGGACAAGGUGGCAGACAUCGAUACCCUCACACCCGGCGACAGACAAGAGAUAUGGACGUGGAACGCUGAGACGCCACCAGUGGUUGAACGAUGUUUCCACGAUCUGGUCGCUGAGCAGGCCAUAGCGCGGCCAUCUGCGCAGGCCAUCUGUGCGUGGGAUGGGGAGAUGACGUACAGAGAGCUGGAUGAAUUUUCGACUAGACUAGCAGGCCAUCUAGUCGAGAUUGGCGUCGUGCCAGAGGACGUCGUGCCACUCUGCUUCGAGAAGUCUAUGUGGACGAUUGUCGCCAUGCUGGCGGUGCUCAAAGCAGGCGGAGCAUUCGCACCCCUAGACCCAGAACAUCCACAAAGCCGCCACGAAGAAAUAUUUAAGCAGACAGGGGCUACAGUGGCACUCACAUCGGCGCAGUACUCUACCCUUUGGGCAGGCUCAGCCCGCACUGUUGUCGCAGUCAGUGCAACGUCAAUCCAGCACCUAUUAAACAGAACCCACUCGACGCAUUCUGCAGUUCAGCCAAGCAAUACCGCAUACAUUAUCUUCACGUCAGGGAGCACCGGAGUGCCGAAAGGUGUUCUGCUGGAGCACAGGGCUGUCUCUACAGGUUGCCUGGGCCAUGGAAGAGCACUCGGAAUCGAACCGUGCACCAGAGCUCUGCAGUUCGCCUCGUACACAUUUGACGUCUGCAUUGACGAGAUCCUGACCGUACUCCUGCAUGGUGGCUGCGUAUGUGUCCCGUCUGAUAUUAAUAGGCGCGAUAAUCUAGCUCAAGCUAUCAAGGAUAUGGACGUAAACUGUGCAUUUCUUACUCCGUCCGUCGCCCGAUUGCUUGAUCCUGUCAUCGUUUCUUCGCUUAAGACGUUAGUUAUUGGAGGUGAGCGGGUCAGCUCUGCCGAUUGGGAGAGAUGGGGAGGGAACGUCCGAAUGAUAAACGGCUAUGGGCCAGCAGAGUGCUGCGUGUGUUGUUGCACGUUUUCAGAUGUUCAAGGCUUUGAAUCUGGGAAGAUUGGCAAGCCUGUGGCUUCCGUCAGCUGGGUGGUGGAUCCCCAGAACCACAACCAGCUGGCGCCCCUAGGAUCAAUAGGCGAGCUUCUCGUAGAAGGACCAAUCCUCGCGCGCGGCUACCUCAACGACCAUGAGAAGACGAAGAGAGCAUUCAUAAACGAUCCCGCUUGGCUCCUGGAAGGUGGGGGGGGCCGUUCCGGGCGUCAAGGAAGAAUGUACAAGACGGGUGACUUGGUCUACUAUGGGCCUGAUGGCAACUUAGUCUACGUAGGUCGGAAAGAUGACCAGGUCAAAGUGCGAGGCCAGCGAGUCGAGCUGGGUGAGAUUGAGUACCACGUGCGGGAGUGCAUGACCGAGGCACAGCAGAUAGCCGUGGAGGUGAUCUUUCCAGCGGGAGACAAAGAAAGUGCCACCCUAGCAGUUUUCCUGCAGCUAGAUGGCGAGGAGCGCGAUGAACUACAACCGGACAACGCAAUGGACAACAGCUCCUCAGUGAAGAUGGUCAUCCUAACUGAAGUGGACAAGAAGCUAGCCGACUCUCUGCCCAGCCAUAUGAUACCUGACGUAUACUUUGCGCUGUCGCGCCUUCCCAUGACAGAUUCCGGCAAGACGAACAGGAAGCGACUCCGCGAGAUCGGGGCCUCGUUCUCAGCCCAGCAGCUGGCUGAAAUGCGGACGUCAAGCCAGGGUCCGAAGCGGCAGCCGUCGACAGAAGCCGAGCAGACGAUGCAGCAGCUGUGGGCGCAUGUGUUGAACAUCAACCCUGAGACCAUUGGUAUAGACGAUAGCUUCUUCCGCCUAGGCGGCGACUCUAUUACAGCUAUGCAGCUGUCUGCAAGUGCUCGCUCGCUCCAAAUCCAUCUGUCAACGCGCGACAUCUUUCGCAGGAAGACCAUUGCCGAACUCGUCCGCUAUGCGACAUUAUCAAAGCCUCUUCAGCUCGCGCGCGCUGCAGAAGAUCCAGUCAACACACCGUUUAGCCUGGCCCCGAUCCAAGAGCUGUACCUCCGGCUUGAACCUACUGGUAGAGCCAGUUUUGAUCAGUCUGUCUUCUUAGAACUUCGUAGCGAAGUGUCACUUGAGUUGCUCUAUAAUGCCCUUAGGACCCUUGUCCAGCGACACUCUAUGCUAAGGGCUCGAUUCAGCAAAGCAGUUGGAGGCAGAUGGCAGCAAUAUGUUUCUGAUUCUGCUGAUGCUUCCUUCACCUUGCAACAUGCGCGACCUACGGACACUGCAGACAUCACCCAGGCCAUACUCGAAAGCCGCAAGCGCCUAGACAUUGAGAGUGGGCCAGUCAUGGCAGCGGUCUUGUUUGACGUUGGCAAGCGUCAGUCGCUAUUCAUGGCUGUUCAUCACCUAGUGAUUGACCUAGUUUCAUGGCGGGUUCUUCUUGAAGAGCUGGAAUACUUACUCCUCGGCCAAGCCCUAUCCCCUGCAUCCUCAAUGCCCUUCCAAACCUGGAGCGCUAUUCAGACGGAGUACGCUGGUAAGGAUGCAGAUCACAGAAAUAGGAUGAUACAAGAGAAGAUGGACCUCAGCCAGCUAUCGUACUGGGGCGUCGCAUCCAGCACUAUAUCGCACACCCCUACAACUACCGAGCAGUUUGUACUUGAUACAAAGACGACAUCCGCUCUUCUUGGAAGCUGCAACAACACCCUCCGAACGCGCCCUCUUGAGCUUAUGAUUGCAGCCCUAAUUCAUUCGUUUGCGGCUGUCUUCCCUGAUCGAACGCCUCCUCCCAUCUUCAAUGAGACUCAUGGGCGUGAGCCAUGGGACGACAGUAUCGACCUUUCGCGAACUGUGGGGUGGUUUACGAGUAUGUUCCCUGUCCAGGUAUCAACUAGCGCGCGCAGCAGCUUGCUACAUGUCAUCCGUGCAACAAAGGAUUGCAUGCGUAGCUUUAGGCGCAGUGGCCGGUCGUAUUUUGCGUCCCAUUUCGUCAACGAAGACACUAUCCAGGAUUACGCAUCUAUUUUCCCUGUGGAAAUGGUGUUUAAUUACCAAGGUGUGUACCAGCAGCUUGAGCGCGACAAGUCGCUGUUUAAGAAUGUGCCUAUUCCAGAAGGCUGCGAGCUAGCAUCAGCGGCUGAAGCCGGGAAGUUCUCCUUAUUUACAGCCUCUGUGGUCAUCGAAAAAGGAUGCGCGCAUGUAAGUGUUACACACAGUGGUAUCACGAAGCAUCAAACGCAAAUUCGAGACUGGGUUCAACUGUACGAGAACACCUUGAUGGAUAUGCCCAACCUUCUCUGCUUCAGAAGCCCCGAGUGGACACUGAGCGAUCUUUCAUUGGCUUUCCACUCAUACGCCGACCUUGACCGCUUCCAAAAUGACACUCUUGCGAAACUAGGUGUGGGGCCAGAGGAUGUUGAAGACGUCUACCCCUGCUCUCCAAUGCAGGAAGGGAUCCUGGCCAGCCAGAGCAGAGACCCUAAUGCUUAUCGCGUGUGCCUUAUUCUUGAAGCCGUAUCCAAGCAGAACACACGGGUUGACUGCGGUCGGCUACAGCGCGCUUGGAAGGCCGUUGUUCGACGACACUCGCUACUACGGGCACUGCUAGUGGAUCACGUCCCCGGAAGCUCGGGCAUCACCAACAUUGUGCUUAAGAAUCCCCAACCAAGUAUCUCAGUUUUCCAGGCUACAGGAGAUACAGUGAACCUUGAAUUAUUCCGCGCUCGCUACAACCCAGUCAACCAGCAGGCAAGUGGCUUACAGCAUCAUCUCUCCAUCUGCCAGCUCGACAACCAAAGAGUAUACCUAUGCUUUGACAUUAACCAUGCUAUCAUGGAUGCCCACUCGAGAGGCAUCAUCAUGCGCGACCUGCAGACUGCAUACAGUGCUGAUCUCGAUUCACACGGCGCACCAUUCAGGAAUGUCAUCUCUUACUUGAAGGAGCAGUCACAGGAAGAGGCCGGCCGCUAUUGGGCCAAUCAAUUGGAGGGUAUCGAGCCAUGCUAUUUCCCCUCGAUGGCAGAUGCCGGAGUGGAAGGUCACAGGGACGAGACAGUGGAGGUGCCCAAUCUCGAUGCAGGCAUAAUCCACGCGUUCUGUGAGGCAUGGGAAAUCACCCCGGCUACCCUCAUUCAGACAGCUUGGGCGUUAGUACUCAGCCGUUACACUGGCUCUACAGCCCCAUGCUUUGGUAGUCUCUCGUCAGGACGAGAUGUGCCAAUUGAUGGCAUUGACGACAUCUUCGGCCCGCUGAUUACCAUGCUAACCUGCCGGGUACGUCUUCAUGAGCAGUUAACUGUAAUAGAGGCCCUACGGACGGUGCAGUCAGACUAUAUGAAUGCCUUAACACAUCAGACAUUCUCACUAGCCAGCGUACAUAACAUGCUUCAACUCGGAACAUCUCCGCUAUUUAAUACUAGUCUAUCCAUUCAGCGGAUUGACGAUGUGGAGGGAGAUGAUACUCCAGAUGUUCUCUUCCAUUUCCAGGAUGGUCAGGAUCCGACCGAGUAUGAUAUCAUUGUUGGUGCCCGCUACAGCAACACAGUUAUGGAAGCCAGCAUGACGUUCCAGACCAGCUGUAUGGACCAACUUCAAGCGAAACGCGUGGUAGAAAGCCUCAGUAUAGCGAUUGCCGCCAUAACAGAAGGGCCUAACACUCCGGUGUGUGACCUAGAUUUGGUAACAAAUGAAGAGAGACGUCAACUAUGGGCCUGGAACAGCGCCAUUCCUCCAACAGUAGACGAGUGCGUCCACGACAUCUUCUCUGACCGUGCAAGAUCUCAGCCUGAGGCGCAGGCCAUCUGUGCAUGGGAUGGCGAGAUGACGUACAGCGAUCUGGAUGAAUUAUCGACCAGGCUAGCAGGCCAUCUAAUCGAGCUCGGCGUCAAGCCAGAAGACAUCGUGCCACUCUGCUUCGAGAAGUCUAUGUGGACGAUUGUCGCCAUGAUGGCCGUACUCAAAGCGGGUGGAGCAUUCGCACCCCUAGACCCAGAACAUCCACAAAGCCGGCGCGAGGAGAUCUUCAAGCAGACGGGGGCUGAAGUGGUGCUCACUUCAGCGCAGUACUCUACCCUAUGGGAAGGCUCGACCCGCACCGUCGUCACAGUGAGCGAGACGUCGAUCCACAACCUGUCAAACAAAACCCACUCGAAGCAAUCUGCAGUAGAGCCAAGCAAUAUUGCAUACGUUAUCUUUACUUCAGGAAGCACUGGAGUGCCGAAAGGUGUUGUCCUGGAACACAGAGCAGUCUCUACAGGAUGCCUAGGGCAUGGAAAAGCUUUUGGAAUUACGUCACAGGCACGUUUUCUUCAGUUUGCUGCUUUCACCUUCGAUAUCUGCAUUACUGAGAUCAUCACAACCCUUCUACACGGUGGAAGCGUGUGUAUCCCCUCCGAAGGUGAUAGGCGUGACAACUUAACAAAAGCAAUUAACGAUAUGCGAGUUAAUUGGGCCUAUCUAACCCCAACAGUUGCACGCCUGCUGGAUUCUGAAAAUGUUCCAUCACUUCAAAAAUUGAUCCUUGGAGGAGAGGAAGUCAGUAGCGCGGACAGUAAAAGAUGGGCAGGGAAAGUCGAAAUCAUAAAUGCGUACGGUCCUGCGGAGUGUACUGUUCUCUGCACAGCCUACUUUGGUCUAGAAGGCUUCAAGUCAGGGUGGAUCGGCAAGUCGAUCGCGUCUGU